ACACGUGCAUUCACAUGGGCUUUUCACCUACAUGCACACAUUCGAACAGUGUGGUCUGUGCUCAAUUUCUGGAGGAUUUUUACGUAAUACUGUAGUUCUGCAACCAGCAAGAUUUGCUUUUAUUUAGUAUUUUCCACUUUAUGCCAGCUCUAGAAUUAGACGUCAAGGUCAUUUACACUAGGUUGUGAAGGAAGAUGUAUCACUCAGCGCUUCUCACAAUUUUGUUCCUGUUGUCUGUUCCAUAUGGGGUCUAUUCUGGUAACAUUUUGGUAUUUCCAGUUGAUGGAAGCCACUGGAUUAAUAUGAAAGUUCUCAUUACAGAACUACAUUCAAAAGGCCACAACAUCACAGUGAUUCGCAGUUCAAGCAGUCUGUACAUUAAAGAAGAGUCACCCUACUACAAAUGCAUCACUGUAGAUGUUGGUCCAUUUGAUGAUGACUUUUUUGCCAACUUUGUGGCUGUUUCACUACAAGUCCGACAACACCAAAAAUCCUCCUGGGGUAAAAUCAUGUUUGGAAUGGAAGUCUUGAAAAAGUUCUCUGAGAUUCAUGAGAAAAUUUGCAACAUGACUUCCAAGAUAUUUGAAAAUGAGACCAUGAUGAAGUCUUUGCAGCAGGCUAAAUUUGAUAUGGUUUUAGCUGACCCUGCUAUGGGAGGUGGUGUGUUACUAGCACAUAAACUUGGCCUCCCUCUGGUGUUCAAUGUUCGCUGGACGAUGCUUGGAGAGGGCCAUUUUGCCAUUGCUCCCUCUCCUCUGUCUUAUGUACCUGUUCCUGGAGCAGAGCUAACAGACAAAAUGACUUUUACUCAAAGAGUCAUAAAUGUGUUGACUUACUUCAUCACUUACUAUCAACAAGUCAGACAUUUUGGCCAACCUUACCAGGCUUUUUGUCAGAAAUACUUUGGACCUGAUGUGGAUUAUUUUUCCCUUCUUCAGAAUGCAGAUAUUUGGCUCAUGAGAAAUGACUUUACUUUUGAAUUUCCACGACCCACAAUGCCAAAUGUGGUCUAUAUGGGUGGCUUCCAGUGCAUGCCCUCCAAGCCACUUCCUGAUGAUCUAGAAAAGUUUGUCCAGAGUUCAGGGAAACAUGGGGUCAUCAUAAUGUCUUUGGGAUCUCUUUUUGGACAUCUUGAAAUGGACAUUGCAGAUGAGAUAGCAGCUGCCUUUGCCCAACUGCCUCAAAAAGUCAUUUGGAGACACACUGGACCUCGGCCUUCUACCCUUGGCAAUAACACAUUACUAGUGAGCUGGAUGCCACAGAAUGACCUACUUGGACACACCAAGACUAAGGUCUUUGUAGCCCAUGGAGGAACCAAUGGUGUUCAGGAGGCUAUCUAUCAUGGCGUACCCAUUUUAGGCCUGCCUAUAGCAUUCGAUCAACCUGAUAACCUGUCAAGGAUGAGAGAAAAGGGAACAGCUCGAGUCCUGGAUAUUUCUGAGUUGGACAGAUCGGUAUUUUUAGAGGCAUUAAAGGAGAUGCUGUAUAAUCCAUCUUACAGAGAGAAGAUGCAGAAGUUGUCUCGACUGCAUCAUGACCAGCCCAUAAAACCUCUUGACCGUGCAGUCUUCUGGAUUGAAUAUGUCAUAAGGAAUGGCGGUGCGCCUCACUUACGCACACAGUCAUUCAGGAUGUCCUGGAUUACCUAUCACUCUGUGGAUGUAAUGCUCACAUUGCUGGGAGCUCUGCUGAUUAGUGGCUGGCUAACAUUUUUGUUGCUGAGAUGUCUUUGUUUUAAAGUAAUCUUUAAUAAGAAAAUCAAACCUCAAUUGUAAAAAUUGCAGUUAUGUAGAAGUGUAUGCGUUAAAAUUAUGAUAUUUGAUAUGGUUUUAGCUGACCCUGCUAUGGGAGGUGGUGUGUUACUAGCACAUAAACUUGGCCUCCCUCUGGUGUUAUAUUAUAUAUUAUAGUAUGAACUAUCAACUAAAUUUUAGAUUUAGAUUCUGAUCAUCAAAAAAAAAUCACACAAAUUAUUUGGAAUUGCAGCAAUUUCAUUGUACUUUUUGUCUUAUCCACUUGUGCACAACUGUCUUAAGUGUAUUAAGGUAAGAGUGAAUAUUGCCCAAAAUUUCUGAUUCAAAUAUAAUAUGCUGUCUGUGGUUGAAUUAGUUUACAUAACAUACCUCCAAUUAGGAAGUUAUGAGAGUUAUGAGAUCAAAUAAAUAUUCAUUAAUUAAUUUUUAUCACAGCUUUUUCCGUUCAGGAUUGCCAAGUAUUCGGAAUUUCUGGGCAUAAGGCACCAUUCAGAAAAAACAUUCACACCCUAAUUUACUAGCCAGGGUACACUUAGUUUAGCCAGUCCACCUACUGACCCAUGGUUUUGAAAGGAAUCUCGAGCAAAGGCUUAAACAGGGGACCCUAGAAAUGUGAGGUGGCAACACUACCCACUUCUACCACUGUGACUUCACAAAUGAAUAUAUAUAUAUA